AAGAGCUGGGAGGACAAGGGAUGAGUGUAGGUUGGGCAGUGGCGUCAGGCAUCAUCACGCAGCGAUUCCUUGCCCUGCAAGACAAGGUAAGUGGGGGAGGAAUCAUGAUCGGAAAACGGAGAAGAGAUCUUUGAGGUGGUGUCCUCUCUGUCCGUUCCCUUCAGUGUAUGCUCGAUGCUGAGUUCCAGGACCUAGUGAACGACCUGCAGGUCAGCAUCGCACACGCCCCAGUCGCUAUUUCACAUUCCGUGAGCUUCUGGUCGCAGGAGAAUUUCGAUGUGGAGGGUGACUCAGUAGCGGAUGUGGUCAAAGAGAUCAAUGACCGUCUGACCCCUCUGGGACUCAGGCUAGACGUACGCUGCACUCAUGCACACACACACGCACAGAGAGAAAGAGAGAGAGAGAGGUGCAUGGCCCUUGAGGCAUGUGGUACAGUACGGUGUGUUGUGUGCUAUUCCAUCCAUCCAUCCAUGCAUUAGCACGUGCGUCUCGACUCGGGUGACGUGAUAUGGGGCCUGAAGCUCACCAGCAAGGAGGACGGCCAGAAGAUGAGGCAGGCCGCACUACUCGACCACGCGCAGCUGGAGGUCGGCAAACCAGGCAACAGAAUGCUCACCGUCGAAGAUGUCAAGUUUUACAAGGGUAGGGCAUUAGAAAUGGGAGGGAGGGAGGGAGGGAGGGAGGGAGGGAGGGGGGAGCGGCCCAUCGCAUGCCAUCCACCCACUUGAAUGAUUCAUUCAUGUCAUGUAGGUGUAUGUGACCGGUUUGUGAAGGACCGCAGCGCGUUGGACGACAAGGCGCUCGAGGAGGUGGCCGAGAGUGUGUUGGGUGCAGGGGACGCCAGGAAGUACACGAAGAAGGAGCACGUGUGCUGUGGCCACACCUACUCUGACAUGGACUUCGCUCGUGAGUGGGGUGCUGGGAGGGCGGCCCUGCACUUGUGUGAUGUGUGGUCGAUGCACACAUAAUCGACUCUUCUGUGUGUGUGUGUGUGUGUGUGUGGUGUGUAUGAUGCAGUGGACACGUUGAAGAAGAACGGCUGGCUCGUGUACGUGACGUGAAGAAGAGCUGUGUCCGACAGACAGACAGACAGACAGAAAAUCGGAAUCCUGUGUCCAUCCAUCCUUUCAUCCGUGUGUGAAUGCAGCCCUGCUGACCUCGACGCUUCCGGGCGCUUUGAUCACUUCCUGCCCGGCCCACGCACAUACCUGGUAGUCACAUAGGCCCAGCUAGCUGCAUUUGGCAGACAUGAUGCCAACCACGCACCUGUGUGCCUUUGUGUUGUGUGUGCAGGAGAUCUUCAGUGACGACGACAGCGUGUCGGAUUGCCCUCUGUGCGAGCAGAAGACCGUGAUAGGGGGCGAGAGCUGCCCCAACGGGCAGUGCCCCCAGUGGUUCCACACACAGUGCAUUCAGGAGUAUUUCCAGCAGUACCCCGAUCGCAGUUGCCCAAGCUGCCGUGUGAAGUGGCCCGAGGAGGGGGGCGGCCGUCAUGGUGACGACGACGACAUGAUGGGAUCAUGACAAUGAUGGAUGACGACAGAAAUGUGAAUAGAGCGGGUGUUCGGUGUGUGUACAGAGCGGGUGGUGUGGUGUGAUGUCAUGCGUUUCUAUGAG